GGCUAAAUAGAAAUGGGCCAUUCAAUCGGCGAGAGUACAUGUAGGUGAAGGAUUGCCGUUCCUCUCUUUCUUCAUCGCAUACCAAAGCGCAUAGCAAGAUGUCAUGGCUAAAGCAGAAUCUGUCCAACCUCCGCGAUGAAUUCAGCUCGGCUUCUGGAGCACCUCCACCACAGCACCAGCCAACUACCGCACCACCACCACCUCCUGUUCCUCCUCGACCUUAUCCCUCCCAGGCGUCAGGCCAGCAGGGAUACACGCCAGACAACCCUUUGCUCUUCCAGGCUUUCGAAUGGCACAACAAGUCUGAGUCUCCGCCCCCUCACGAAACGCACUGUCACGGCUCGCACUGGUCGCGACUCAGCCGCCUAUUGCCCAAGUUGAACGAACUCGGUGUCACAUCAGUGUGGCUACCACCCGGAUGUAAAGCGAAUAACCCAGAUGGCAACGGUUACGACUGCUACGACUUGUGGGACCUGGGCGAGUUCGACCAGAAAUAUACGCGCAGUACGAGAUGGGGAAGUCGCGAAGAACUGCAUGAUCUAGUUCAAACAGCCAGCAAACUACACGGACCACAUGGUUACGGAGGUGUAGAGCUCAUCUGGGAUGCAGUAUUGAAUCACAAGACUGCUGGAGACGCAGUGGAAGAAGCUUGGGCUGUUGAGGUCGAUGGACAUGAUCGCAGGGUGGAAAUUUGCGCACCAAAGAAGAUUGAGGCAUGGCUGAAGUAUGAAUUCCCAGGUCGAGAAAGAGAAGGCAUGAAAUAUAGUCCGAUGAAGUGGAGAGCAGAGCACUUCAGCGGCACGGAUUGGGAUCAGCGCAGCCAGAAGAAUGCCAUUUACAAAUUGAUAGACGACCCUGCGACUUGUCCAAGGCCGAACGAUCAGCAGCUUCCUAUGCCUGGCAAGCCAAAUAAUGGUUUCAACCGUUUCGCGAGAUUCGCAAAAGAUGCAAUGAAGAGCGCACUCCUUGAUGGCCCUCCGGCUAAACGACCCGGUAAGGGUUGGGUAGACGAUGUGGAUCACACGCAUGGCAACUACGAUUACCUUCUCUUCUCGAACAUUUACUACCACCACCCUGAAGUUCGCAACGAUAUCCUACAAUGGGGCAGAUGGAUGGUUGAAGACGUUGGCAUCAGUGGGUUCAGACUGGACGCUGCACAGCAUUUCAGCUGGCACUUCACACGAGAGUGGAUUGGUCAAGUCCAUGCUGCUAGUCGAAGACGGUUUGGCAAGGAUGCGUUUGUCGUCGGCGAGGUACUGGCUGCCGAGGUCAGCAGACAGCUCAGAUGGCUUGACACAGUUACUCCGCAAGGCUGUGGUACGCAGCUGGCAUAUGCUUUCGAUGCGCCCUUGCUGUACAGCUUCAGUCGCGUGUCUGAAGAUGUACGCCGAGGCAGCAAGAACGCUGAUCUCAGAACUCUGCUUUCCGGUCCAGGAGAUCCGGACAAGCAGGCACUGGUAGCGGUCCGGCCAUAUCAAGCUGUGACAUUUGUCACCAGUCAUGAUACACAGACCGGACAGGCAAGUUGUGUCCCUAUGGAUCAGGGUCUCAAGGCACUAUUCUACGCGUUCAUCUUGCUUCGCGCUGGAGGGUUACCAUACGUCUUCUGGGGUGACCUAUACGGAGUCUGUGAAGGUAAGAAAGGAGAAGCGGCCGAAGACCCGCAUUGCCGACCACCUUGUGAGGACGGUCCUCACUGCGAAAAUCCUGUACUGCCAUCCUUGAUGCUUGCUCGGAAGCUCUUUGCGUACGGGGCGCAGACAGACUCUAUGGACAGCCAGUCAUGCAUUGGCUGGACGAGAUCAGGCACUCACGAUCGACCCGGCUGCGUAGUCAUCAUGAGCAUCGAUAAGCCAAAUCAGUGGACAGUCAAGAGUAUGGUUGCUGGUCAGCCUGGCGAGAGGUGGAUUGACAUUCUGAAAGGACCAGAAGGUCGACCAGAGGUUGUGAUUGACGAGCAGGGCCGUGGUUUGUUCGCGUGCAGAGGGCACACCGUCAGCGUGUAUGUGAGAGAAGACACUGCGUUUCUGGGCAAUUUCCCUGUUGAAUUUGAUCACGACCCAUAUAGUCAAUAGGAUGGACGCUCUGAGCCACCAGCCACAGAUGACAGUGCACCAGGCGUGG